CACAAGAGCCAGCAGUAAGGAUCUCAAACCAGACCGCCAUGAAGUCUUCUCUGUUCCGGGUCAACUCAGUGCCUGUCCAUCGGUCCAUGCUCUCGGGCUCACCGAGCCUCCGUCCCUCUCGUCCCAACUCGGAUGCCUCCGUCUUCUCUUCCUCCAAGGUCGCCGCCAGAAUCUCUCUUCGUCACGCUAAUGGGCGGAGAGAAGGCGGCUCGGGUUCCAGAGGUUCGGUCCCGCGAGCUCCGAUCGGCGAUUAUUACCGCGAGAUGUUGGAGUCGAGCCCCACCUGCUCGCUCUUGCUGAGGAAUUACGCCAAGUAUCUGCACGAGGUGGAGAGAGAUGCGGAGAGAGCUGAGGAGUACUACGCGAGAGCGAUACUGGCGAGUCCCGGCGACGGCGAGGUCUUGUCUCUGUACGGGAGGUUGGUUUGGGAGGCGGAGAGAGACCGAGAUAGGGCUGGACUGUACUUCGAUCAGGCGGUGAAUGCUUGUCCUGAUGACUGCACGGUGUUGGGGUCGUACGCGCACUUUCUGUGGGAAGCAGGGGAAGAGGAUGAAGAAACGGUUUGAUGGUUGAGUUCAAGCAUCACAGGCCAUGGUUCCAAUGUAGCAACAGAGGUUGGAAUUUCAUCCUCAUUACAGUGAUGCCUGGGCGCAAAAAUUGAAGAUCACGGAGCAUCAGGAGAGAGAAUGCACAACUUCGAUGCGGCUUUGAUAUUCAAGAUACGAUUCUUUUGGAGGUUUUCCUUCUGUCUAGCCAAUUCGUAUCUGUUCUGGGCCUUCUGGCAAUGUUCUUGUGUUGAUUGGAAUGAAGAUGAUCUUUAGAUGCUGCGAAAUGUCCAUAUGUUGCUGGGUUUGUCCAAGUUAUGCUCAUACAAACCCAUUAAAGUUGUGUUAUAUCAGGUAAG